UCAGAAAUAUUUUUAUCGCGAAUAAAAUUUUGAGAUGGGCUCAUCUGUAAUAUCUAAGCGAUGUUAAAAACAAUAAGAUCGAUUUUUUUUUGUUUCAGCGAAAUAAAAUAGAUGACCAAUGCUAUCUUUUUACAAGAGGUACGAAUGGGUUCACCGACAGUGAUGGUAAACGGUAGCGUGGUACAGCUUCCGGGACAAGUGCAAUCGCAGGGCUUGACUCUGGCACCGUUAACGCCGCCCGCGCACGAGUUAGAGCAGCCGCAUCCGCUGUACGGUCAGCCCCACAUCCAGGUGCAGCAUGGCGUCCUAGUGAAGGCACCGCCUGGCGCCGCGGCGCAUCUCACCACACUGUCGCAUCCGGGCACGCCGCCGGACACGCCGCCCGUCUCGGCAUCACCGCCGCCGUUGCAGCUUCACCGCGGCGAUCGGGAUUCCCGCGAUGCGCGUGAUCUCCGUGACCGCGGCGGUAUUCUGCUGCAGUUGCAGCAACCGGCGGCGUUGGUGCAGGAGGAGAUGCAAGUGGGUACGGGCGGCAUGGGUUGGCUGACGCAGUCCUUGAGACAAGAGCCACUGGACCUGAGGCCCCACUGCCCUCAAGAGCAAACCCCGGAAACCCAUCACGAGCCAUGGUCAACGUCGGCGCACCAUCAUUACCAAGAGCUGCAACAUUUGCCGCGACCUACUAGGCACACUGGUGGAUAUCUGGCAAUGUCAAGUCAUCUAGAGUAUUAUAGUAGUCCGGGUGCAGGAGGAGGAAUGCUUCCCGCGGGCGGGAGCGUAAUGCAGGGGAUGGAGGAUAGCAUGCAAGGUUUAUCAAUACAACCGGGCAGACCUUUGAGCGUGUGCUCCGUGAGUUCUUGCGGCGCCGGUGGACCCACUCCAGCUCAUCGCUCGGGCAACGGCCUGUACUCCAAUUGCAACGGUACGAAUCCUCAAGACGAACUCAUGGACGAUGAGCUUUUGAUGUCGCUUUCUGUGCGCGAACUCAACAAACGCCUCCAUGGUUGUCCACGGGAACAGUUUUUCAGAUAUGACACAUCGUUCGGAAGGCGUGCCAAGAUUAGGCCGUAUAGGACUUCAACUUUUUCUUUUCAUCGAUUUCUUCCUCCAUCCUUCGUCAUUCGCGUCAGUGUACAUCGGAACCUUAUGGCCGCCCAUGGGCUGUGGGGGAGAAGCGGCUAGUUCCUUCCUAGGCGUAUACCGACUGGUGAUUUAGUGAGAUCCGAUCUGCGAGUGGAGCGGCCGAUCAGCUGGACUAUAAAUAUCAGGUGUUUUUUUGCUCACACACACACACACAACACACACACACACACACACACACACACACACACGCACGCACGCACACACGUAUAUUAUACACGUAUAUUAUACACGUACAUAUAUAUUUCUUUUUUGAGUAAAAUAAGAUCUCCAGUGAUAUGAGAGGCAGCAUUCGGUUUUUCAUUAGCGUUUAACUCCUCUCUUCUUAGAUUUCUUUCAAUUCGCGAGACAAAAAUCUGGUAUGUUCUUUACAUUCGUUUUUUUGGUGUAUGUAAAAAAGUUAGGGCUUGCGACAUUUGAUUAUUUUAUUUACGAUACCAUCAAUAUUUUUAUAAUUGAACGCUUUUUUUAGAUAGUACUGUAUAUCAUGUAUUUUGAUGGUACUAAUAACACAUUUUUUACCUACAUUUUUAGGUAAAAAUGUUUUUUUGCGACGGUUUUUCACUUGAAAUCAAUCAAAUUGUUAACUGUACGAAAAACAGUAUCGAGACAUAGCUUAUUAACAGGAUUUAAAUCCGUGUGUAAACAUUGCGUUCAUUGAAAUAUUUUGCAACAUUGCGUCUCUUGCGAUUAAAUAAAGUGAAAUUUCUUCAGAGGAGAAGCUCGAAAUUAUAUGUGUACAUACAGUAUAAAAGUCAGCGCUUUAAUUUCUUGAAAUUUCAGUGCCUAAAGAUAUGAUUAUUUACUCAAUUAUAGUUAUUAUCGUGCGAGAAAACGCAGGAGAAGAAUCUACGAGCGCUCCUCUGGAAAACUUAACUGCACUUUUAUAGCACUUCCCUCUCGACUUUAAACGAAUAAUUUUUAUCUGCUAAACCGCCACCGCUGUCGCAACCGCGCGCAUUCCACCCUUCCGAUGCUGCCCUUGUCGUUCCUAGCGACCCCUCGUAAAAUUAAGUCAAACAGCCACGGGGUGCCGGGGUGCCAUUCGCUUUUCCGCGUUACGUUCUCCGUUCUUCUUGAGAGGAACCGAGCGCGACACUAGUCACUUUUGCAAACGGUCAAAAGAGACAGUGUGAAUCAUUCGUAGUCUGGGUAACAACGAUAAUUUCUUUGCAAAAAUCAUCAGACGCAUAAAAAAAAAUGUAAGCAUCUUUUAUUGCGAUUUUAUUCUCGUGAUAAUUCUUGUGUUUUUCUCGCAACAUUGAAAACUCUGUAUUACGGUGAUUGCAAUACCGGACCGAUAUAACAAUACCAGCAUUUCGAUAUUUAUUUUACAUAAUACGGCAUAUCAAUUUGGCAUUUUGUAUAAAGAGAUUAGGUUACAUAUCAUAAGGGUAAACGUUAUAUAAAAUACAUUAAUUAAACCACAUAUUUAAUUUAUUGCAUAUUAAGAAAAGAAUAUAAAAUUAAUUAGCUUAAUCCAUUUAUGCAUAUAUUAUACAGUCCAGCCUUAAAUUCUGUUUCUGUGCUUUGAACAUAUAAUACGACUAUAAUACGAAUAUAUUUUAAUUAAUGUAAAUAUAUCUUUUAAAGUACAAAAAGGAGCUUUAGAACUGUAUGAAAGUUAUUAAAAGUGCUCGCCUUUAUAUCUUUAUAACAUAAAUGUAGAUACUUUCGUCAAUCGCUGUACGUAUAAUUUCUAGAAAAAUUUUGCUCCUUUAAUUAUGCCUCACUUGAAGAAUUCUAAGCUUGUGUUUUCUUCUAACAUGUCCUACAGUUUAUAAUUAACAAAAUUUAAAUCAGAAUUAUCGAAAAGUAAAAUUUAGUUUUAAUAAAAAUAAGAACCACUUCCGCAUACAUAUAGAGUUUUCUCGAUUUUUUUCGGGUUUGUUCUAGUUUAUCUGUUAGCAAAUAAUUACUUUUUGUACUCUUCUUAUUGGACGAUUAAUAAUGCUGGAAUGUUUACUUCUCUUAUUACGACUGUUUGUUUAUGCAGUGAAUUACGUCGUAUGCGUUGACGCAUUGCUUGAAUAACAUUUUCUGUUUUUACUGAUUACACAUCACUUUUCUUUUUAUUAUAUGACCUGUUUCUUUGAACUUUUUAAUUGCGUGAAACACAACUACUGUUAUAUUUAAUGUUGUAAAUUUAUUAAAAAUAUCACGAAUACUCUUUUCCACUUCAAAUAAUGCUAUAGCAGCAAUACAGUUUUUAUUCCAUUGUGAAUAUGAACUAUGACGACCAAAGCUGUCAGCUGUUCUAUUAUGUUGUCAUAGUUAACUAUAACUAAUAAUGUCACGGUUUUGUGUGUUAAAGUUUAACCGACUGUCUGUUGCUUAGAAAAUUAAUAACAGAUUUAUGGCAAGACUAUGUAUAAUAUAAUAAUAUAAUAUACAAAAUAACUCACGCGUAUAUGCGCGUGUUUAAUUGAGACAGGUUGCAGUUUUUGUUUUGUUGAACAAAAGAAGGAAAUUCAAUGAUGUGUAACAAGAUUUAUUUCACAAGUGCAAUAAUCUAAAAGUGUGAUUGCAUCUCUUUUGUAAAUAAAUCAUACAUUCUUCUUAUAUAGCAAUUGUUAGAAUAAUAAAUAUAAAUAAAUCUAUUAGAUAGAGUAAAUAAAUCAAGUCUUAAUUAUUUGUAUAUAAAAAAUAUUAAGAUAGAAUUGUAAAACAUUUAUAGUUUAUAAAAUUUUUCCAUA